AUGGUGGCGCCACCAGCGCCCGUAUACGCUGCGCCGCCCGCCGCGCCCUGUGGAUGUGGCCCUUCCCUGCCGUGCGGUUGCCAAGCAGCAACCCCCAUAUAUGUCACACUCCCAGCACCUCCCCCACUCUGUGUCACACCACCUCCUUUACCUCCGAUGUACAUUGAAGUGCCCCUUCCGCCGCCUAUUACUGUAUCACCGCCCCCGUUACCUCCGAUGUGUAUCUCGCCUCCACCACUUCCUCCGAUGACUAUUGCACUACCGCCGCCUCCACCUAUGACAGUUUCUCCUCCACCCUUACCUCCGAUGUGCGUUACACCUCCUCCUCUCCCACCUAUGAGCGUAAGUCCGCCAAUGCCGCCACCAUUGAUUUUGGAACUGCCUCUUCCGCCUCCGAUAGUGAUAGAAUUGCCGGCUCCUCCGCCGAUAGUAGUUCAGCCGCCGGCGUUGCCCCGAGUGAUGGUACAACCUCCGCCGUUGCCGCCGAUGUCAGUUCAGCCUCCCUGUCCACCGCCUAUGAUGGUACAGCCGCCAUCUCCGCCGCCAAUGUGCAUCCAGCCUCCGGCACCGGGCCCGGUGACCUUGCAGCCGCCGUGUCCCGAGCCGUUAUACGUGCAGCCACCACAGCCGUGUCCCAUGACUAUCCAGCCUCCGCCGCUGCCGCCUAUAUGCGUGCAGCCACCUCCACCUCCGUCGAUGUACAUUCAGCCUCCAGCGCCCGAGCCUUUCUGCAUCCAGCCACCUGCGCCCUCCCCCGUCUGCUUCCAGCCUCCGCCUCCACCUCCUAUAUGUUGCCUGGCGUCACCUCCCGGCUGUGACUGUUUAGCCGCUGCUCUGCCAUCACCAAUUUAUUUAUAA